AUAGAAUCGGUAGGAGCAGCGUUGGCACCGGCGAACCAUGGCUGGGAUUUUCUAUUUCGUCCUCUUUUCGUUUCUUUUUGGGAUUUGCGACGCUGUCACCGGUUCCAGGGUGUACCCCGCGAAUGAAGUUACCCUAUUGGAUUCCAGAUCUGUUCAGGGAGAACUUGGGUGGAUAGCAAGCCCUCUGGAAGGAGGGUGGGAGGAAGUGAGUAUAAUGGAUGAGAAAAACACACCAAUCCGAACCUACCAAGUGUGCAACGUGAUGGAACCCAGCCAAAAUAACUGGCUGCGAACUGACUGGAUCCCCCGAGAGGGGGCCCAGAGGGUGUACAUUGAGAUCAAGUUCACCUUGAGAGACUGCAACAGUCUUCCGGGUGUCAUGGGGACUUGCAAGGAGACGUUCAAUCUCUACUACUACGAAUCAGACAAUGACAAAGAGCGUUUCAUCCGAGAGAGCCAGUUUGCCAAGAUCGACACCAUUGCGGCCGACGAGAGCUUCACCCAAGUGGACAUUGGUGACAGAAUCAUGAAGCUGAACACCGAGAUCCGGGAUGUAGGGCCACUGAGCAAAAAGGGGUUUUACCUGGCUUUUCAGGAUGUGGGGGCCUGCAUCGCCCUGGUCUCAGUGCGUGUGUUCUACAAGAAAUGUCCGCUCACUGUUCGCAAUCUGGCCCAGUUUCCAGACACCAUCACAGGGGCUGAUACGUCUUCCCUGGUGGAAGUUCGAGGCUCCUGUGUCAACAACUCAGAAGAGAAGGAUGUGCCAAAAAUGUACUGUGGGGCAGAUGGUGAAUGGCUGGUACCCAUUGGCAACUGCCUGUGCAAUGCUGGGCAUGAAGAGAGGAAUGGAGAAUGCCAAGCCUGCAAAAUCGGAUAUUACAAGGCCCUCUCCACAGAUGCUACCUGUGCCAAGUGCCCACCCCACAGCUACUCAGUCUGGGAAGGAGCCACGUCGUGCACCUGCGACCGGGGCUUUUUCAGAGCUGACAACGAUGCAGCCUCUAUGCCCUGCACGCGCCCACCAUCUGCUCCCCUCAACUUGAUCUCGAAUGUCAAUGAGACGUCGGUGAACUUGGAAUGGAGCAGUCCUCAGAACACAGGUGGCCGCCAGGAUAUCUCCUACAAUGUGGUGUGCAAGAAAUGCGGAGCUGGUGAUUUCAGCAAGUGCCGACCCUGUGGAAGUGGGGUCCACUAUACCCCACAGCAGAAUGGCCUGAAAACCACCAAAGUUUCCAUCACUGACCUCCUGGCUCACACCAAUUACACAUUUGAAAUCUGGGCAGUGAAUGGAGUGUCCAAGUAUAAUCCCAGCCCAGACCAGUCAGUAUCUGUCACCGUAACAACCAACCAAGCAGCACCUUCAUCCAUUGCUUUGGUCCAGGCGAAAGAAGUUACAAGAUACAGUGUUGCUCUGGCUUGGCUGGAACCAGAUAGGCCCAAUGGGGUGAUCUUGGAGUAUGAAGUCAAGUAUUAUGAGAAGGAUCAGAAUGAGCGGAGCUACCGCAUCGUCCGGACGGCUGCCAGGAACACAGACAUCAAAGGCCUGAAUCCUCUGACUUCCUAUGUGUUCCAUGUCCGAGCCAGGACAGCAGCUGGUUAUGGUGACUUCAGUGAGCCUCUGGAGGUCACAACCAACACAGUGCCUUCCCGGAUCAUUGGAGAUGGGGCCAACUCCACUGUCCUUCUGGUCUCCGUCUCAGGCAGUGUGGUGCUGGUGGUCAUUCUCAUUGCGGCUUUUGUCAUCAGCAGGAGACGGAGUAAAUACAGUAAAGCUAAACAAGAAGCAGAUGAAGAGAAACAUUUGAAUCAAGGUGUUAGAACUUACGUGGAUCCCUUUACAUACGAAGAUCCCAACCAAGCAGUUCGAGAAUUUGCCAAAGAAAUCGACGCAUCCUGCAUUAAGAUCGAAAAAGUCAUAGGAGUUGGUGAAUUUGGUGAAGUAUGCAGUGGGCGUCUCAAAGUGCCUGGCAAGAGAGAGAUCUGUGUCGCCAUCAAGACCCUGAAAGCUGGUUAUACAGACAAACAGAGGAGAGACUUCCUGAGUGAGGCCAGCAUCAUGGGACAGUUUGACCACCCGAACAUAAUUCACUUGGAAGGCGUUGUCACCAAAUGUAAACCAGUAAUGAUCAUAACAGAGUACAUGGAGAAUGGCUCUUUGGAUGCAUUCCUCAGGAAGAACGAUGGCAGAUUUACUGUCAUUCAGCUGGUGGGCAUGCUUCGUGGCAUCGGGUCUGGGAUGAAGUACUUAUCUGAUAUGAGCUAUGUGCACAGAGAUCUAGCUGCGCGGAAUAUUCUGGUAAAUAGCAACUUGGUCUGCAAAGUGUCCGAUUUUGGCAUGUCACGAGUGCUUGAGGAUGAUCCGGAAGCCGCUUACACCACCAGGUUGGGUGGCAAGAUUCCUAUCCGGUGGACCGCGCCAGAAGCAAUUGCCUAUCGUAAAUUCACAUCAGCGAGUGAUGUAUGGAGCUAUGGAAUCGUUAUGUGGGAAGUGAUGUCGUAUGGAGAGAGACCCUAUUGGGAUAUGUCCAAUCAAGACGUAAUUAAAGCCAUUGAGGAAGGCUACCGGCUACCCCCUCCCAUGGACUGCCCCAUUGCACUCCAUCAGCUGAUGCUAGACUGCUGGCAGAAGGAGCGGAGUGACAGGCCGAAAUUCGGGCAGAUUGUCAACAUGUUGGACAAACUCAUCCGCAACCCCAACAGCUUGAAGAGGACGGGGACCGAGAGCUCCAGACCUAACACUGCCUUGUUGGAUCCAAGCUCCCCUGAAUUCUCUGCCGUGGUGUCAGUGGGCGAUUGGCUCCAAGCCAUUAAAAUGGACCGGUAUAAGGAUAACUUCACGGCUGCUGGUUAUACCACAUUAGAGGCUGUAGUGCACAUGAACCAGGAGGACCUGGCAAGAAUUGGCAUCACAGCCGUCACACACCAGAAUAAGAUUUUGAGCAGUGUCCAGGCGAUGAGAACCCAAAUGCAGCAGAUCCAUGGCAGAAUGGUUCCUGUCUGAGCCAGUACUGAAUAAACUCGAAAUUCUUGAAAUUAGUUUACCUCAUCCAUGCACUUUAAUUGAAGAACUGCACUUUUUUUACUUCGUCUUCGCCCUCAGAAAUUAAGGGAAAAAAAAAAAAUCACUACUCGCAGUGUUGCUUGGUGUACAGAUCGCCGAAACUGUGGGGCUACACAGAAAUGACAGCCGUCGUUUGAAAUUAGACCUGGAACAAAUUGUUUCUCAGAAGUACUUUGUCCAUCACCAGUUUGUAAAAUACAUGUACGUAUAUAAAUAGAAACACCACCUCCGAGUUUGAUGCCGCAGUUGCUGCCAGACACUCAGCUUCUCCGAGACGUCCUUGAUCCUCUCUCCAAUGGGAAUUACAACUGCAGUAUUUUGUUUGUGGCGUAAAUGACCGUCAUCCUGCUUUCACUGGAAUGGAUAUCAUGCCCAGGAACAUUGUGGAAGGACUCAGUUGUAGCUUUUAAGGCUUGGUUCAUACCAUAGGAAACAACCUAGGUGAAAACCGUGUGGCUCAUGAGUGUUGCUCCUUCAGUGCUUGGGCCCCCUGUUGGCUUACGAUGACAUAAGGGGCUGGAAAGAAAAAGAAAAUGGAUUUCAAAUAAUAAUAAAUAAUAAUAAAACCCAAGCACCUCCCCAUCACUGGACAGACAAGGUCUGUUUCUUUGGGCCUGAGGCUGUGCCAUAUAAAGUCGUAUUUUGGGACUCUACAAACUUACUGUAACUACCUUAUGGAUAGCGGACCAUGACAAUCUUGAAUAGGGAACUUUCACACUUCCCUCCUUUAAAGAAGCAAACCCAAACCUACAAGGGAGUAGACUCUGCUAUCUUGGCCUCACAGCCCUUCCUGUUGAUUACAAAGCCCACAGAAGAAAACAGAACACACCCUCCUUAGUCCCUUCGAAACCCGUUUCUUCUGCUUCUGCUCAUGCCAGUCCUGGAGCAAAGACACUGAUGAAACAACACCCAGACCCGAGAAGAAUGCAUGGAUGACGUUGGAAUCUCCUUUACCAGUGAAAAACCACAGCCGGGCAAGGUUCAGCACGGGUCCUCCCGUUGCAUUGAGGAAUGUACUGUCUCGCAGCACCAGCUCUGCAGAGCCCUUGUUCCUAAACUCCUCGUGGUUUUAUUUAUAUGUAUUUCCAUAUCUCGCUCCUGUACGUCACUGCUGCCUUGGCACGGCAGCGAGCGACGCAAGGCUACAGGUUGUACCAUGGACACCAGGUUCGGUGCCUCCACACAAAGCAAAGCCAGUUCCCAUGAGCUGCCUAUGAUAUGCAUUGCUGAAGUAACAUUUUACCCAGGGUGUGCCAUUGCCGUGAUAUAAAUAUAUUUUUUUUCCUAGACUAACUACGAGCUGAUUUAUCUCUUUUGAUGUGUGUACAUAGGUGUGAGAGUGCGUGUCCGCGGGUGUAUGUGCGUGUGAGUGUAGGACCUCAUGCUUAGCACUGCCUGGGAAUGUUGUGGAAGGCGACACCCGGAGAGUUUUGGUUUCUCGCCAGUUCAGAGAUGAAGAGCCACAUGAGUUGGUGGACCCGCACGGGUCCCCUUAGAAAGAUAGCCCGGAAAUGUUCAGUGUCCUGUAUUUAGAAGUGUAUUUUGUAGCUGCCACGCUAAGCUUAGUAAGUAAGCCUGCAGCUUAGGAUGGAGGCAUUUUCACCUUGGCGAUGGGGUAAUUUGAGAGUGUCCAUCCAUUCAGGUGACAACCCAUCAUCAAAAUCACUAAUUCCGAUUGAACUUCUCAUCGGAAUUGCCGGUUUCUUGAGGGAGAGAGAGAGAAGGGAAUGGAAUUUGUCUGGUAACCCCAAAUGGAAUAGAGGUAGCCUUUGUUUCCCUGCGUAAAUGGACUCAUUGAAUGCGAACAAAAUAUAUGCAAUUCAUAUACUUCCGGAGGUGAACGUAGACGCGUGUGUCAGCUUUGAGAUGAUGUGUUCUGGAUUAAUACUUUGUCUCUCAAUGUCACAGAAAAAUACAUGCCAGUGACUCUUGAGGUUAGCAUCGUUGGGAUUAAAUGUCCUUAAGUGAUUUCAGGUUCCCCGUAUACAGCAAGUGUUCUACAGUUACCAAUAUGCAGCUAACUCCGACAGUCCUUAGCCUUCUAGGAUCUGAGGUCGGUGUGUGAAGAUUCAGUUCCGAUAGGACACGUAUGCCAAACUUCAGCCAACAUACUGCCGUUUUUCAUAAUCUGAGUGGCUGCCUUGCCUAUUCUAAGCUAUGCUUGCAGAAACUGUGGCCAUUUUCAUAAGCUAUACCAUCAAAUCAGGGAAAAAAAA